AUGGCCAUGCCCAUGCGAACCACUCGCCAUGCUUCCAAGCUGGCUCAGUCUUCCCGCCAAUUAGCUAUCUACACCUCUCGCAGAUCCUAUGCGACGGCGGAACCCGAUCUGAAAGCCGCCCUCAAGGCGGUCAUCCCCGCCAAGCGCGAGCUCUUCCAGCAGGUGAAGCAGCAGAGCGAUGAGGUCAUCGGGGAGGUCAAGAUCGGCAACGUCAUUGGCGGCAUGCGUGGCCUCAAGUCCAUGCUCUGGGAGGGCUCCGUGCUCGACGCCGACGAGGGCAUCCGCUUCCACGGCAAGACCAUCAAGGACUGCCAAAAGGAGCUGCCCAAGGGCACCACCGGCACCGAGAUGCUACCCGAAGCCAUGUUCUGGCUGCUCCUGACCGGCCAGGUCCCUUCCACCAGCCAGGUGCGCGCCUUCUCUCGCGAGCUGGCCGAGAAGUCCUACCUCCCCCAGCACAUCCUCGACCUGAUCAAGUCGUUCCCCCGCUCCAUGCACCCCAUGACCCAGCUCUCCGUUGCGGUCGCCGCCCUCAACACCGAGUCCAAGUUUGCCCAGGCCUACGAGAAGGGCAUCAACAAGGCCGAGUACUGGGAGCCCACCUUCGACGACAGUAUCGCCCUGCUGGCCAAGAUUCCCCGCGUCGCUGCCCUCGUCUUCCGUCCCGACGAGGUCGACCUCGUUGGCAGACAGACCUUGGACCCUACCCAGGAUUGGUCGCACAACUUUGCCGAGCUCCUGGGUAAGGGCGGCGCGGAGAACCAGGACUUCCACGACCUUCUUCGUCUGUAUCUGGCUCUGCACGGUGACCACGAGGGUGGUAAUGUCUCAGCCCACGCCACCCACCUUGUUGGCAGCGCCCUCAGUGACCCCUACCUGAGCUACAGUGCCGGUCUGCUGGGUCUCGCCGGCCCGCUGCACGGUCUGGCCGCCCAGGAGGUGCUUCGCUGGAUCCUCGCCAUGCAAGGCAAGAUCGGCACCAAGUUCACGGAUGAGGAUGUGCGCACUUACCUCUGGGACACCUUGAAGUCUGGCCGCGUGGUUCCGGGAUACGGACAUGGCGUUCUCCGCAAGCCCGAUCCGCGUUUCCAGGCUCUGAUGGACUUUGCGGCCACUCGUCCGGAUGUCCUGGCCAACCCGGUCUUCCAGCUGGUGAAGAAGAACUCGGAGAUUGCGCCAGGUGUUCUGACUGAACAUGGAAAGACCAAGAACCCUCACCCCAACGUCGAUGCCGCAUCGGGUGUGCUCUUCUACCACUACGGAUUCCAGAAGCCUCUCUACUACACCGUCACCUUCGGUGUCAGCCGGGCCCUCGGACCUCUGGUGCAGCUGAUCUGGGAUCGGGCUCUGGGUCUGCCCAUUGAGCGACCCAAGAGCAUCAACCUGCUGGGAUUGAAGAAAUGA